ACAUCCUCUAGAUCACUCGGCACCUGCAUAUUUUUUAAGAUUAUCAAGGGUGAGAUCCCAAGCUUCAAGCUCCCAGAGACAGAAACUUCUUACUCAUUCCUUGACAUUAGCCCCCUCUCCAAGGGCCAUGCUCUGAUCAUUCGUAAAGACCACGCGAAAAAGCUGCACGAGCUCACAGACGAAUACCUUAUGGAUAUGCUGUCCAUCGCCAACAAGAUCGCCACUGCACAAGGGCUUGAGAACUACAACAUCCUCCAGAAUAACGGCCGCAUCGCA